AUGGCUGUGCCUGGGACCAAAGAAGCCAUAUUGAAUUCCCUGCUCAAGGAUGCCCGUCAUUCGCGAGGGCUACAAGGUUGUGUUUAUGACCUAGAAAUGCCUCUAUUGCUCAAUUCAGAUGAAUCACCUCUACCCUGCCGCGAGACACCAACUGAGUUUGAAGCUAUCAACCCAAGCUUUUCCUCCCAGAUCCACGCCCUGUUUGAGGCGCUUCAUGAAGUCGAGCAUUUAAGUAAGAAGGAAGAGAACACAGAAAACAAGACGGAUGAUGCUUAUGACCUUAUCGACAAAGAUGGUCUCGUUCCAGCCAUCCGUGUUAUCGGCCAAUCCUUCGACCGCUAUCCUAAUUGCUUGCAUCGCAACUUCCAUUGGCGUCGUCUCUCCUUGCAUGGCCCAGCCACAUUGCCACAGCUAUGGCGUGUGACUGAACUCCGGCUGUUCCCAAGGCCAGACUACGGUGUAAACAUCGAUUACAUGAAUGCCCGGCCUGUGUCACUUCGCGUGCCACUGGAGCUUGCGUCUAGACUUCCCGCACUGCGUCACCUCGACUGCCCAUGGCUGUGGGAGCGCAUGCCUACCGCCUUCACCCUACGUCCAUGGCGAGACGAGCGCCAUGAGUUCGGUAAAGCAGUGCAGGAAUUACACGAACAACUACCCACCUCGCUAGUCUCGGCGCGUCUAUGGUUUUGGAAGCAAAAUACUUUCUACACCGACGAGAACCAGAGCAUCGAAAUGCCGGAUCUCAUCCGUCCGGAGGAUGCCGAUCCCCUUUCACUUGCCUUGCGAACUCUCGUAUCGCAUUUGAAGCAGCUCGACUUGCGUGCCUUUUUGACGCCCGAUCUAUUCCAGGCGCCAAUUAUGUGGCACCGCAUGAAACGUCUACGUGUCGAGUUCCAUCCGUGGUGUCCUGAUGGUACCUGGUAUUUCGUCGGACCGCGCAAUGAAAACCCCUACCCCGACGGCGGUUUUGAGGUUACGUCCGAGCAUUAUCCGCCUACUGGUCCUAACGAGCUGGAUGAAGAAAUAGAUGAAGAGUAUGAGGAAGUUGAAGGAACCGAGGAAGAAGAACUCCAAACAGAUGUGUUUCGCACGGUGCCUCUACGAAGCAAGAUCGAGCCACUCUUGUUUGCCUUUGCUGAAGCGCUAAAGGGUAUGCCUACGCUAGAAGAGGCGGAACUAUUUACGUACCUAGCCUGGCGACCUUCGAGAGAGAGGAAACGCGCGUACGAGGGUAUUGAUGAAGAACCGUAUAACCGAAACCGCGCCACUUAUAAAUGGAGCGUGAGCUACACUCCGGGAAACGACGGUGGCAAAAGGUUGUUGACAUGGCAAGUCGGGUCGUGGAGACCACAGGAAGACGUUAUCCAGUCAUUCAAGGGUUUGGGCGGGGAGGACCGAGAGGUUGAUAUAUUGUGGAAUCCCUUCGAGUUUUUACAAAAAAGGGAAACUGAGGACUACAAGGCUUUCUACUGA